UGGAGUAAAUCAAUGGCAGGAGGUCAGCAACAUACUCCCAAGGACCAGGGGCUGAGAAACACUGCUUUAAACUCAGCCUUCUACAACUGAUUAUGGAUGAUUAGCCUCUGCAUGCAGAAAGAAGGUAUGAGUACUCCGUCAGGUCGGAAGAGCCCCGUGGACUACGGGGUUCAGAUCCGCUUCAUCAACGACUCAGCAGGGGGGCUCCCCUCGACCCAGCUGAGAUCCAAGCCCCCCUCCACCUCUAAGUAUGGGGUGGCUGUCAGGGUCCAGGGCAUCGCUGGACAACCCUAUGUGGUUAUGAAGGACAGGGGCCCAAAGGGAGAUUCGUAUGGGGUGCAGCUCCGUACCCACUACCCCCCGGGUUACGGCAGUCUGCCCCGCAGGAGAGACCGAGAGGAGGGAGGGGGAGAGGGAGAGGGGGGAGGAGGGCCAGGAGGGGCGUUACGCAGGGCACAGUCACAUGGUUCAUUACUGGAGAGUGAGGGGGGAGGAGGAUUUGGGAGACCACCAGGGGAUGGGAGGUCUGGUAGCUAUGGGAACCUGGAUGGAGGGAUUGGGGUCGUGGAAGAGAGAAUGGAAAGAGGGGUGAGGGAGGGUGGUAAGGGGAGGAAUAUAAUGUGUGGGUCGUAUCAGUCUGGGCUCAAUGGGUCACUGGGGAGGGGAGGGGGGAGUCAGUAUGCCCCUGACCUCCAUCCUUCCCAAACAGAGCAGCUGACCAUGGCACACCUCCACCCCCAGAGCCUUCCUUACCCAACACAGCCCCACCCCCAGACCCCCGUCAACAGACUGAUCAGCAGGUUUGAUGGCAGCAGCAGUACCAGAGAACAACAGAGGGGGCGCUCUCCUGUAGCAGAGGACUCUAGAAACCCCAUCUCCUCUUCCCUCGCCCCCAACCCCUACUCCCCUUCACCCUCUCUCACCCCCAACCCCUACUCCUCCUCUCCCUCCUCCACUCAGAGCAGCCUGGGGCAGGGCCAAGGCUCCGUCAGUAAGGCAACACCCCACCCAGCCAGUCAGUGGGCUCCGCCGGGGAGGUUUGUCGCUGUGGAGAUGCCGUCAGCCAAUCGGACAGACCCGCUGGUGACCCCUGAUCUGCUUCAGAGUUCAGAGGUCACCAGUGAGGAGGAGCAGGUCAUGCAGACCAUCUACAGUGUCCUCAGAGAAGGGACUAGUGAGAGGGACUCAGUCAUCAGACACAAAGUCAGGGUGAUCUUCCAGAAGAUCCAGGGACUCAAGUCCAGUGAGAGUUCUGGUGAGGAGUGGAGGAGAGAAAAGAGGGAUCUGGAGAGGAAGAUGAUGGAGCUACAGACCUCUCUACAGGAGGAGAGGGGCUCUGUGGGCAGCUCUGACCCUGUGUUAAAGGCAGAGCUGGAUUCAUGUCUGGAUGAGAACAUGCAGCUCCAGGAGACUGUGGACAGGAAAAAGACUGAACUACACCAGACACACUCUGAGUGAGUAACAGUGAGCAGGACAAAUGACCUGGGUAGAAGGAAACCUUGAGACCAACCAGGCAGGUUGAAAGUGACUCCAGGCUGCUGGAUCAGAACUGGUUAUAAUGAUGGCUUAUUGAAAGGUUCUUUGUUAGUGUUGAGAUAAAGAGCAUCAGAUCUCUCUUGUAAAAUAGAUUUUAUCUCAAUGAGAAUGACCUGUAGAAAUAAAAGUUAAAUGAAUA